AUGAUGCAAAGUCCAAGUAGUAAUGGAUCAAGACCACAGAGCACUAGCAGUGUAGUCAGUGAUCGAGGACCCAGGACCACAGAGGAUGUAUGUAUUGGAGAGGAAGUCAGGAUUUCUCUGCAUCUGGCAAUUGAAAGAUUUAGAAGAAAUGAAGACCAGAAAGAGUUGGAAUUUCCCUCAUCCUUAACAGCCACAGAAAGAGCAUAUGUGCACAGAUACUGUGAUACAGUAGGACUGAAACACAAGAGCAAAGGAAAAGGCAACAAUAGAAUAUUGACAAUUUCAAAAAAAGAAUUAAAUCAAACCCAGGCAUCAGCCUCAUCAGUGAAAAUUAUCAGGAAUUCAAGACAGCAGAUAUGUAACCUGCUGCAGAGGUUUCCUCUUACCACCAAAGAAAGACAAGAACUGAUGCCACAGAUGGAGAGAAGUCAAGCAUUUGACACCAACAGGGAGGCUGCAAAAGCAACCAUUGGGAAACUGAAUAAUGGAGUGGCACAGGUUCCCCCUCCCCGGGCUGGUACAGAGUUGGAUGCCUUCAGAAAUACACUGCCUGUCUUCCAGCACAAAGAGGAGAUCAUUCACAGUAUCAACUCCAACAGAAUUGUUCUAAUCACAGGAGAAACAGGCUCAGGGAAGACAACUCAGAUUCCACAAAUGAUUCUAGAUGAUUGUACAGUGAACAACAAAAGGUGCCGUAUACUCUGUACUCAACCCAGAAGGAUAGCUGCACUCAGCAUAGCAGAGAGAGUUUCUGCUGAGAGAGGGGAGAAAGUAGGACAAACUGUGGGAUAUCAAAUCAGAUUAGAGAGCAAGGUAUCUCCAAAAACACUUCUUACAUUUUGUACCAAUGGAGUAUUGUUGAGAACUUUGAUGAAUGGAAGUCAUUCUUUGUCAACUGUUACACAUGUCAUUGUGGAUGAAGUUCAUGAGAGAGACAGAUUUAGUGAUUUCCUUCUCACUGCCAUUAGAGAUGAACUCCCUAAGUAUCAACAAAUGAAGCUCAUUCUUAUGAGUGCCUCAAUGAAUGUGGACUUGUUCAUCAGAUACUUCAACAACUGUCCUGUUUUAAGAUUCCCUGGAAGUCUGUUUGAUGUUGAGGAACAUUUCUUGGAGGAUGUGCUGAAAUGGACUGGUUACACAAAUAAGAAAAUGGAGAAACUAAAGAAAAGCCAGUCAAACUUGGAGAAGCAACAGAAGCAGCUGAGUCAGUGGUGUCAGAUUCAGAUGGAGGAGGUGACGACUACCCCUCACUCCGAGGAGAUAGAGGAGAAAAUGGCCGCAGAACUGUCUGAGGAGCAAAAAGUCUCCCAGAAUGCUGAUGAGAAAGAAGAGCUAGAGCCAUGGCUUGUGAAGGAAAUGGAUGACCUCCUGAGUGAGAUAUGGCUCACAGGAAAUGAAGACUGCUUCUCUCAACUUAUACAUCUCAUCAAAAGUGAAAAUGUUUCAGUGGACUACCAGCAUUCUGAGACCAGUCUCUCAGCUCUGAUGAUUGCCGCUGCUCGAGGCUUCACCGCUGUAGUAGAACAUCUGCUGAACUUUGGAGCCAAUGCCAAACUCAAAUCUUCUAAUGACUGGACAGCCCUGGAUUUUGCAAAGAAGUUCAACCAAGAAGAGGUGAUAGAAAUGCUGCAAGCUUACAUGGUUGAAUAUGAAAUGGGAUCAUCUGAUGAAAUCAGUGCCAUUGCUACUGUGCCAGCUCGUAUUCUCUCGGAGGAAGACAAAGAGCUGCUAAAUUUGUAUCAACACAGUUUUGAUGAUGACAAAGUGGAUAUAAAUCUCAUUUUACAUUUAAUAAUCAGGAUUCUCUCCACAAGCAAAGAAGGUGCCAUAUUAGUCUUUUUACCAGGUUAUGAUGACAUUGUUACAUUGAGAGAAACAUUAAGUGAUAACAAGAGUAUGGAUAAAUUCAGGUAUGUGCUAUAUACCUUGCAUUCAUCUAUGCAAUCCAAUGACCAGAAAAGGGUAUUCAAGUCUGUACCACAGGGAGUGAGAAAAAUAAUUCUAGCCACUAACAUAGCAGAGACCAGUAUUACAAUUAAUGAUGUUGUAUAUGUGAUAGAUUCUGGGAAAGUAAAAGAGAAAGCUUUUGAUGCCCUUUUGUCAUUAUCAAUGCUGAAGUCUACAUGGAUUUCAAAAGCUAGUGCACUGCAGAGAAAGGGGAGGGCUGGGAGAUGUAAACCUGGUGUUUGCUAUCACCUCUUUAGCAGAAUCAGAUACAGUAUGAUGCAGGACUUUGCCACUCCAGAACUUCUAAGGUUUCCUCUACAGGAAAUUUGCCUCCAUACAAAGUUGAUUGCACCAAUUCAUUGUCCAAUUGCUGAAUUUUUGGCGAAGGCACCUGAACCACCUCCUUACAUGGUUACAAGAAAUGCUGUGUUGUUACUGAAGCAAAUUGAUGCUUUGGAUCACUUUGAGGACUUGACAGAGAUUGGUUAUCAUUUAGCAGACCUACCCCUGGAGCCAAGGCUGGGAAAAGUUGUUCUGUACUCUAUUGUACUGAAAUGCCUGGAUCCAAUUCUAACCAUUGUGUGCGCUUUGGCAUACCGAGAUCCUUUCAUUCUGCCCUCUUCACCCCAUCUGAAGCGAGCAGCUGAUCAGGUCAGACGUCAGUAUAGCUCCAACACAUUCAGUGAUCACAUGGCCCUACUCCGGGCUUUCCAGGGUUGGCAAAGAGCUCGCACUGACAAUUGUGAGAGAACUUACUGUGAAAAGAAUUUUCUGUCAUCUGCUUGCAUGGAAAUGAUAGUUGGCAUGAGGACACAACUUUUAGGACAGUUGAGAGCCUCGGGUUUUGUGAGAGCAAGGGGAGGUGGAGACAUCCGUGACCUAAACACAAAUUCAGAGAACUGGGCAGCAGUCAAGGCUGCUCUGUGUGCAGGGAUCUAUCCCAAUCUUGUCAAAAUUGAACGAUGUACAAACAUCAAAAUGGUUUCACAGAAAUCUUCUGGCAUCAAAUUCCACACCAGUUCAGUUCUAAAGAACCCAGCCCUCUCUGAAAAGAAGGCCAUUCAGAAUAUCCCUACAGACUGGAUCCUGUAUGAGGAGAUGAGUCGGUAUGAGAGGAGUGCUUAUAUCCGAUGUUGUACUGCCAUUUCUCCUAUUACUGUAGCUCUCUUCACUGGACCCAUCAAACUACCACCAGAGAGUGUCAGAGAUGGCACAAAAGCCCAUGCCAUGCUACAUACAGGAAUGGAGGAUAGUAGUGAUAGUGAGGGAGAAGAAAAGGAAGACAACACUAAAACCACCUUACAGUUUGAUGAUUGGCUGUCCUUCAGGCUAGACAAUGAGACAGCAAACAUGGUUCUUCAGUUGAGACACAAAUGGAACUGUCUCUUUCUACGGAGAAUGAGGGCUCCCUCCAAACCCUGGUCACAGGUGGAUGAGGCUGUCAUUAAAGCAGUCAUCAGUGUUUUAACUAAUGAGGAGCAGGCCCUCGGAUUUCAGCAGCCGGCCGGUAUUGGACAGAGACCAAGACCUAUGACUGAGUACAUGUCUGCAGGAGGAGGGGGCUACAGUAGCUAUGAUUAUGAGGAUCACAGUAACAGGGGCAGAAGGACACCUAUCACCCCACCCAAGAAACACACCACUGUCCUGCCUAGAACACCCCGUACCACUGGAAACACAAGAUCAGAUAGUUCCUCCACUAGCAGCAGUCCAAAGGGCAGUGGCCCCACCACUCCUUGUACCAGUCCCCAGGCUGGGGGUACUACCCUGGCAAGCUCGGGAAAAUCCUUUAGCAAAUAUUUUGUUGUCAAACCCAAUGAUCAGAAUAUAUUGGAUGUUGCCUUGUCAAAAUCAAUUUAUGCUACAUCACCUAAAAGUGAAGCCAGAUUUAACAAAGCAAUACAGGAUGGGAAGGAAUUGUACCUAAUUUUCUCUACUGUGGGUAGUGGACAUUUCCAGGGUUAUGCCAGAGUAACAGAACAGAGCAGCAAGGACAAGUGUCCUGAUAUGUCUGGAGAUGGCAUCGGGGGAACAUUUAAGAUUGAAUGGAUUAAAAAGGUAGUUGUACCAUUUAAAGCAACACAUAACAUAACCAACAGUUGGAAUGAAAACAAAAGGGUGCAGUACAGUAAAGAUGGACAUGAGCUGGAAACAUCUUGCGGAGAGAAGCUCAUUCAUGUUCUGCAAACAUUUGAACCCAAAUUGUAUGAAGCAUCAACUGAUGAAAUGAAGGAAAAUGAUGAAGAGACUGAUUUAUCAAGUGACAAAGCCUCAAAGUCUUCACAUUCAGAAGAAGACAAAGAUUCCCUGCUGUCUGAUGAGGAUAGAACAAAACAAGAGGAGGGAGACAGAAAUUCAAAUAACACAAGGGGUAGACAUCCAGGUCAAUAUCAGGGUCGACAUCAGCAGGGUUAUGAAGGUCAGAGGCCAGGGUCAUAUCCUUACUCGUCUUCAUCACAAAAUCAUCAGUAUUAUCAUCAUCAACAGCAGGGUUAUCACGGUGGAGGAGGAGGCGGACAUUAUAACUCUAGAAUGUACAACAUGGGUUACCCUCCCCCCAUGGGACCUAACUACAACCACCCCAUGUAUAUGGGAAUGCAUUCUCCUCCCAGACAUCCACUGUCACCUGUGAUGAUUCUACAAAGAGGUCAAAGGUCAGGAAGCCACUUUAGAGGAUAUCAUCCAGGAUAUGGGUCAGGAUAUCACUGAUUUAUUGAUCAGAAAGCAUCUUCACUGCCAUGAGUCAGGGUUUGAAUAAAAUCACAUACACUGUAAGCACUUAGGCAUCUUCUAAAGUUAUCUAUGUAUAUCAUGUUUAUGGUUUUCAUUUAGAUUUGAAAUGGGUACUAAUAAGGUAUCUGAAUAAUUUCAUCAAAAUAUAUUGAAAAAAAAAAACUUUUAUAAUCAGAAAAAAACCUCUUAUGCAACUUUUUUUUGUUUUUAAAUUUUCUUUCUAAUCUGAAUAUGCAUUUAAAUAGAUUGGUAAAAAAUACUUGAUUUACAAAUAUUAUUGCAUAUUUUAUUUAAUGCUAAAUAUACAUCCUGUAGAAAGUUAAGAUUUAGAACAUAUGUAAGUUAUAGGCUGUUUGGUCCUUUUAAUGUCUGUGUACAGGUAUAAAAUAUCUGUACAGAUGUCAUCUUUGCAGUGAUCAUGAACAGUUCCAUACAGACCAGGAUGUAAAAUCUUGCAAAAAAUUAGUGCAUUGUACUUGUAAGCAAUGUAGCGUUAAUGUACAUGUAAAUGUGCCAUUACCUGUGCUUUUUAAUCAUUGAAAAGGUUGUAAAUUCAAGAAUUGGAUUUAUAUGUUUAUUUCUUUUGCUUUAUUAUGCAUAUUAUGUUUUCAUGAAUGUUGAUUUAAGCAAGGCAAAAUUUU